UUGGUAGUUAUAACAGAAUAUACCUACACACAACAAUUUAUAUACCCACACACACGCACACUAAAUUGUUCUUGCUUGUGCUGUACAUGAACACAUUGCUUUAGCUUAAAAAUUAACACAAUUAUCGUGAAUUUGUUUAGUGAUUUUAGUGAUGCGAUCGAAAUACAUGUCCGCGAGUCUUUGUAACCUAGGGUUUUGUCCUCGGGAUUCGUACCAGCUCCCGAAAAUUUCGGGGGUUCGCAUUUCUUGUGAUUCGUUUGCUCCUAGCUCCUCGUGUUUCAAUCUCAAGUUAAGAAGAUAUGGAUGUUGCUCAAAGUACAGGCUCGUUCAUGUUACCGCAAUGGAUGAGGAUUCUGUGUCUGGAUUUGAUGAUUGGGUGGGCAGUGAUGGUGCUGUUGUAUACAGUUUUUCCUCAAGUGACGGUGAAGACAGUGAUGGAGAAUUUAUAUUAAAUCCUUUAAGUGACGUGGAUAUGCCUACAAUAAGGGACAAACUUCGGCCUGAAGCUUUAACAAUUAUGUCCAAUCGGCUUGCAUUAACUGGGAAAGCUCACAAAAAGAGCUGGAUCCAAUAUGGAGUCGUCAUCAAUUUGGGUCUGAUCACUUUCUUGAUAGUGCUCCUUUUGUAUGCGGAUUGGUGUGCAUGGAGGAUCGUCAGACUGCCGCUAAGCCAGUUUCACUUGAUGCGACCUUUUUCCACGUCUGCAAUUUUAGUAGCUUGUGCAGGAUAUAUUGGAGUUCCUUUACUUCGUAGGAUGAAGAUGAAAUCAAUCAUUAACAAAGAAGGGCCAAAUAGGCAGGCCUUGAAGAGAGGAACUCCUACAAUGGGUGGACUGUUAUUUGUACCAAUUGGCGUGAUCGUCGCAGAAGUCAUAGUUGGUUUCUCUUCUAUUGAAGUAUCUGCUGCGGCUGUUGCAACUCUGUCGUUUGCGGCAAUUGGGCUACUUGAUGACUCGUUAAGUCUUAUCAACAAGCAUAAUGGUGGUUUAUCUUCCUGGACAAGAAUCCUCUUGGAGAUAGCUGUUGGGGCAUGUUUCUGUUACUGGCUGUACACCUCAAAUGUAUCUUCACCCUACAGCAUUAAAAUGGUGGUUCCUCUUCCUGUGCCAGUGGGCCUUGUAUGUCUGGGAAAUCUCUAUCUUUUCUUGACUUCAUUUUGUUUCGUAUCACUGGCAAAUGGAGUUAACUUAACAGAUCGUCUUGAUGGUCUGGCUGGAGGGACUGCUGCAUUGGCUUUAAUUGGAAUGUCGAUCGCGGUGCUUCCAAUAUGUUCUGAUCUUGCAGUAUUUGGGGCAUCCAUGGCAGGAGCAUGUGUUGGUUUUCUUUUGCACAAUCGAUACAAGGCAUCUGUAUUUAUGGGUGAUACUGGGUCCUUAGCUUUAGGUGGUGCCCUGGCUGCAAUGGCUGGGUGUACAGGGAUGUUCUUUCCGUUAUUCAUUUCAUCCGGAAUCUUUGUCCUGGAAACGCUCUCAGUUGUAAUGCAGGUAUCAUUCUAUAAGACCACUAAAUAUCUCCAUGGUAGAGGACGUCAAUUGUUCAGAAUGGCCCCUUUCCAUCGUCAUCUUGAACUAUGUGGAAUCAAAGAGCCUAUAAUUAUUGCAGGUGCAUAUGUUAUUUCUUCCAUGUUGAUACUAUGUGCGGGAUACAUUGGCCUUAUUUCAGUAUAGACAGUGGAAGUUAUUUAUCAAAAUUUUGGCGUAACAUAUAGCAGAUUCACCACACAUCCUUGCUCGUUUUGUUGAUUAACAUACCUGGUAGCCACAUCGUCAGUUCUUGUAAAAACAAUUCUUGUUAUAAUGUAGAAGGAUCACUUUUUGUCUUA